GGAGCAGCAGAAGGAACCAGCCGUCAUGGGGUUGUGUACGUGGACUUACAAAGGGCUGACGCUGACCGACUAUAUGCGGAUCGGCCUCUACUUGCUGAUCCUGCUCCUGGCCUCUAUUGCAGCAGGCACUAUUGCAACAAGCAGUCGCUUGACCAACGAUUUGAGCAAUGGAGCAUUUGACUGCCUCCUGUCUGUGCGACAAGGCAGCUCGGAUAACCGAGAGAGUCCCUGCGAAUACGUUGAAUUCUGUGGCGUCACCUCGGCUCUGAUUGCUGCCCUUGCUGUCGCAUACAUCAUCUACAUGAUUUUCUUUACGCAUGAGUGGACCGUGCCACAGACCUUGCGCAUUGAGUUUGGGAUCAUCUGCAUCAUGCUGAUCUUCACCUUGUGUGGUAGUGCUACAGCCUCCUACAACUACAGUCAGUACUGCAAAUCAAUCAGCCGGGGCAAUGAUGUGGACUGCAUCGAUGCGGUGGAUAUCGCUACAGGCGGCGAUAAAAAGUCGAUCCGGGCGGCGCGCAAUGCCCGGACUGCUGUCGAGACCACCUGGGUCUACACGGUGUGCUUCAUCAUUCUUGCCGUGACCAUUGCGCUUGAGUACUUUUGGCUCAAACGCCACAACAAGACGGGCGACAGUUAUCAAGAAGGCGACAGCGCCGAUCCCAUCGACUCGACUGAAGCCGAGGCUUAG